AUGGAGGAGCCUCGCCAGCCGGUCCGCAAGCAAGUGGACGCCCGCAUCGGGGCGCUCAUGAAGAACGGCUACCAGGAGAAAAAGAGGAGCUUCUUUGUCAUUGUCGGCGACAACACCAAGGACGCGCUCGUCAAUCUGUACUGGAUCAUGCACGGCAUCGGCAUCAGGAAGAACAAGAACAUCCUCUGGGCCUACAAGAAGGAGCUGCUCGGCUUCACGAGCCACCGCAAGAAGCGCGAGGCCAAGAUCAAGAAGGAGGUCAAGCGCGGCCUGCGCGACGCCAACGAGUCCGACCCGUUUGAGCUCUUUGUCACCCUCAACAAUGUCCGCUACUGCUACUACAAGGAGACGGACAAGAUCCUCGGCCAGACCUUUGGCAUGUGCGUCCUGCAGGACUUUGAGGCCAUGACCCCCAACAUUCUCGCCCGCACCAUCGAGACCGUCGAGGGCGGCGGCAUGGUCGUCCUGCUCCUCAAGGGCAUGAACAGUCUCAAGCAGCUGUACAACCUCUCCAUGGACGUGCACUCGCGCUACCGGACAGAGGCCCACGACGACGUCGUGGCGCGCUUCAACGAGCGCUUCAUGCUGUCGCUGGGGAGCUGCGACUCGUGCCUCGUCAUCGACGACGAGCUCAACGUUCUGCCCAUCUCCGGGGGCAAGGACGUGACAGCGCUGCCGCCCCCCGAUCUCGACCAGCCCAAGUCCGAGUCGCAGGUGGCGCUAGACGUGAUCAAGGAUGAGCACCAGGACCGACCCCCCACGGGCGCCCUCAUCCCCCUGGCCAAGACUGUGGACCAGGCCAAGGCCCUGCUGACCUUCACCGAGGCCAUCUCCGAGAAGACGCUGCGCAGCACGGUGGCCUUGACAGCGGCUCGUGGUCGUGGCAAGUCGGCCGCUAUGGGCGUUGCGAUUGCCGCCGCCGUCGCGUACGGAUACAGCAACAUCUUCAUCACGUCGCCCUCGCCUGAGAACCUGAAGACUCUCUUUGAGUUUGUCUUCAAAGGCUUCGACGCGCUGGACUAUGUCGACCACCAGGAUUACUCCAUCAUCCAGAGCACCAACCCGGACUUCAACAAGGCGAUUGUCCGCGUCAACAUUCACAGGCAGCAUCGCCAGACGAUCCAGUACAUCCGGCCCCAGGACGCGCAUGUGCUCGGGCAGGCAGAGUUGCUGGUCAUUGACGAGGCGGCUGCCAUCCCCUUGCCCCUGGUGAAGAAACUCAUGGGUCCCUAUCUGGUCUUCAUGGCAUCCACCAUCAACGGGUACGAGGGUACCGGCCGAUCCCUGUCAUUGAAGCUGAUCAAGCAGCUUCGCGACCAGUCGUACACCCCCGUGACCAACGGGGGCACCCAGGUCGCGGAUCGCUCCACGGGGCAGGCUUCUAAGACGGGCGAUCUGUCUUCCGGGCGCAAGCUGCGCGAGAUCACCCUGGACGAGCCCAUCCGUUACACCAAGGGCGACUCUGUCGAAAAGUGGCUGAACAAGCUUCUUUGCCUCGAUGCGACGCUGCCCAAAGCCAAGUCGAGGAACGGCGGCUGCCCUGACCCCAACAAGUGCGAGCUCCUCAACGUCAACCGCGACACGCUCUUCUCUUUCCACCCUGUGCCCGAGAAGUUCCUCCAGCAAAUGGUGGCCCUUUACGUGGCGAGCCACUACAAGAACACGCCCGACGAUCUGCAGUUGAUGAGCGACGCGCCGGCACACGAGCUGUUUGUCCUGGUGCCGCCGCUGUCGGAGAACACGGGCUCUCUUCCCGAGCCGCUCUGUGUGAUUCAGGUGUCCCUAGAGGGCAGGAUUAGCCGGCAGAGCGUGCUGAACCAGCUGAGCCGCGGCAACAGGCCGUCUGGUGAUCUCAUCCCCUGGACCAUCUCGCAGCAGUUCCAGGAUCCAGAGUUUGCCUCGCUGUCAGGCGCCCGCGUGGUCCGGAUAGCGGCCAACCCAGAGUACAUGUCCAUGGGCUACGGCACCAAGGCGCUGGAGCUGCUGACCAACUACUACGAGGGCCGGUUCGCCAGUCUGUCGGAGAGCGACGAGGACCAAAUCGUCGACACCAUCACCCGACAGACAGACGCCGAGCUCGCGGGAUCAAAUCUGCGGACGGAGACCAUCAGUAUCCGGGGCACGAGCGAGAUGCCUCCGCUGUUCGCCAAGAUGCACCAGAGGAAACCCGCCGCGCUCGACUACCUCGGCGUCAGCUACGGCAUGACGCCGCCCCUCCACAAGUUCUGGAAGCGCGCGGCCUUCUCGCCCGUGUACAUCCGGCAGACUGCCAACGACCUGACGGGCGAGCACACAUGCAUCAUGCUCCGCCCACUGGAGACCUCGGCCGACCGCACGUGGGCGGGCGCCUUUGCGCGCGACUUCCAGAAGCGCUUCCUGUCCCUGCUGUCCUACAAGUUCAAGGAGUUCCCCGCCAUCACGGCGCUCAGCAUCGACGAGUCGGCCAACAAGGGGGCGCAGCACGACGAGGUGGAGGUUGCGCCCCUGACCAAGGCGGAACUGGACAUGCAGCUGUCGCCCUUUGACCUCAAGCGCAUCCACUCGUACGCGCAGAGCCACAUUGAUUACCACGCCAUCCUCGACCUCAUGCCGGCCAUUGCGACGUGGUACUUUACCGGCCGCAUCAAGGCGUCCGUCAAGCUCACGCCCGUGCAGCAGAGCAUCCUGCUCGCCAUUGGCCUCCAGCGCAAGGACAUUGACGGCGUGUCGGCCGAUCUCCCCACGGUCGAGACGUCGCAGCUGCUGUCCAUGUUCACCAAAAUUAUGAAAAAGGUCGACGUGCACUUUACAACGCUGGUCACGCAGGCCGCCGACGAGUCCCUGCCCCGCGCGCAGAACCUCGGCGUCAGCCGCGCGGACGCCAGCGGCGCGCACGACGACGAGAUUGUGGACGAAAAGUACGCGCCUCUCGACGUGACGCUGGACGAAGAGCUCGAGGAGGGCGGCGACGAGGCGCUGCGGGCGCUCAGGCAGAAGCAACGGCAGCUCAUCGACUCGCUGCCUCUAGACCAGUACGAGAUCGAGGGCGACGCGCCAGCGUGGCAGGAGGCCGAGUCCAAGGUGCGCGCGGCGGCCAAGGAAGGCCGUGCCGCCGGCGAGGUCAGCGUCAAGACGGGCAAGACGAAGCGCAAGGCGGGCCAGCAGACGGCGGCCGAGGUGUACGACGAGGUGUUUGGGGAGAAGAAGAAGAAGCACAAAAAGUCGAAAAAGGGGCAGUAG